UUUUCUUCCUUGUUUAGCAUCCUAAAGAGAAUAAAGGUUGAGGCAGCAUUUCUGAUUCAUUUUUUAGCAUCCUAAAGAGAAUGAAGGUUGAGGCAGCAUUUCUGACAUUAGCCCUUGGGUUCAUUUCAGUGAACUUUGCUGGCUUCUGCUUUGGUGCACUGCAAGUGGGAUUUUACAGAGGAAAAUGUGGAUUUGCAGAUGUUGAGGCUAUAGUGGCUGGAGUUAUUACUGCUCAGUUCUUCAGGGAUCCUUCAACUGUGGCUGCCCUCUUACGCUUGCAGUUCCAUGACUGCUUUGUCAAUGGGUGUGAUGGAUCAAUACUAGUAGAUGGAAGCAACAGUGAGAAAACAGCAAUACCGAAUUUGAGUGUGAGGGGAUAUGACAUUAUAGACCAAGCAAAGGCUGCUGUGGAAAAUGCUUGCCCUAGUGUGGUCUCCUGUGCUGAUCUCAUUGCAAUAGCUACAAGAGAUGUUGUUUUCUUGAGUGGUGGAGGGAGAUACGAUGUUCAAACAGGAAGAAGGGAUGGUUUAAUCUCUGAAGCUAAAAAUGUGAGCCUGCCAGGUCCUGCAAUAUCAGUGCCCGAGGCCAUUGCAGCAUUUUCUGAUAAAGGUCUCACUGCUACAGAAAUGGUGCUCCUACUAGGUGCUCAUUCUGUUGGGAUUGCACAUUGCUCAUUCAUCAAAGACCGUCUUUUCAACUUUGAAAACACUGGCAGACCUGAUCCAUCCAUGGAUCCUUUCCUAGAAAACAUUCUGAGAUCAAGGUGCCCUCCAUUUGCCAAAGUAGACAACUCGGUGAACCUCGAUCAAAACUCAUUUAGCCCCUUUACAAUAAGCAAUACUUACUAUCAGACUGUGAUGCUGCAUAAAGGCAUUCUCCAAAUCGACCAAGAUUUAGGAACUGACCCCUUGACAAUGCCUGUAGUGAAAAACCUGGCUAAUGCGUUUGAUUUCCCUGCGAGGUUUGGUGCUGCCAUGGUUAAGCUGGGAGCUAUAGGGGUUCUGACUGGCACACAAGGAGAAGUUAGGAGAUCUUGCAGGGCCACUAAUAGGUAG